UAUGGGAAACCGAAGAGUGGCUCCAAGUGCAUGCCAAACCUUUGGCAGAAAGUGGUGGCGUCAAAGCAAAAGGGGAAAGACAGGACUCAGAUGCACCUGAAAAACAGACGGGUGAUGAUGAAGAUGCGAUGGAAGAGUAG